AUGUCCUCCCAGAAGGCGACUGCGCCCAAGCCGGGCAUGUCGCUCUAUGCGAACUUACUGGACACUCCUGAGAGCGCUUCCAUUUCGCGCGCGCCAGUAGUCUUUACGCAAGCUACAGACGCCUCCCAAGAUGACCCUGCCAUGAAAAAGCAGCAGAUAACUUCUCUACGGUUUCAGCCCACAAAAAGACCACAACUGCCCUCCCAGAGGUUAAAGGCGAAAUCUGGCAUCUCGAAGCCGCCUGUUAUCACAGGAUCGGCAAGCCCUGCUGCCCCAGAUGAGGGUACUGCGAGCUCUGCUGUAACCACGGGUCGUGCGACCGGGAAGUCAACGCUUGCGGAUUGGACGGCCACAGCGGACGAUGACGAUGUCAACGGAUACUAUGGAGGAGAGAAGAGGCAGCGUGGUGGUAGGAAGAAACGGAAGAAAAACUACGAGGCCGAGGUGGUUUUACAGAACUGGGAUGAUAUCUACGACCCGACGCGCCCCAACAGCUAUGAGGCAUACAGGCAUAGCGAAGAGAAGAUACGAGAGGUCAAAGAAUGGAAGGACCGACUGUAUGCCCAUCGUUUGGCGCAGCAGUACAAUAGCGACAUGGACAGUGAUGAGGAGCAGUCGCGGCCGCAAAUGAACAGAAAAUUUGCUCCUCCUCCAUCUUUUGCGCCACCACCAGACCUGAAUGCACCCCCAGCGGAGUCCCCAGAGCCAGAACGUACCUUCUCAGAAGCCAUCCCACAGCCCGCCGUAGAAAUCCCUGAUGAUUCAACCGGUGAAGAGGCGUAUGCGCGACGGUUACGGUUGAGUGCGAACAUCAACCAGCCCGAACCAACCCCACAACCCUCGCUGCCAUCACAGCUACCACCUACCCAAGAAGCUCCCACGUCGGCGGCUCCACCCAGCCAGACAUACAGCGCAGCCACCAUAUCUCGUCCGCCGGUUCGAUACGCAUUACCUGCGGCACCGAGAGAUCUUCCUGCCACGGAAGCUGAGCUUGAAGCAACAUUGGCUAAUGAACAAGAAGAUUCAAACAAGGAAGGAGAUGAAGAUACUCCUCGCUCCCUCAGACCAGGCCAGAAGGGCUUCGCAGAGCGACUGCUAACUAAAUAUGGCUGGACAAAGGGUUCUGGCCUUGGAGCAAACGAGUCCGGUAUCGUCAACCCGCUCCAGGUCAAAGUACAAAAACAAAAGAAGAAACCAGACUCUGAAGGAGGCGGGGCUGCUACACCCGGCGGUCCAAGGGGUAAAAUCAUUGGUGGUGCCAGGAAACAGGAAGAGCACGGGAAGUUUGGCCCCAUGUCUGACGUUAUUAUUUUGCAUGGAAUGGUAGAUGGGCUGGACUUAGAUGCAGAGCUGGAAUCUGGUGAUCUAAUGCAGGAAAUUGGAGACGAAUGCGGCGAGAAGUAUGGUCGUGUCGAGCGAGUUUACAUUGACCGAAACAGCAAAGACAGGAUCCCCGUUUUCAUAAAAUUCACAAAUCAACUAUCUGCUCUGCGGGCCGUUAAUGCGCUCGAGGGCCGAAUAUUCAAUGGUAAUACAAUAACAGCCCGCUUCUUUGAGAGCGAGAAAUUCGAAGACGGGGGUUAUUUUUAG